AUGUCUACCUUCCAAAUCCCAGAUAGUAAAGUGGAGGUAUCUCUCUGUGAAGGUAUCAUCAAGGAUGAAUUAUUGAGAUUCCCCGCCUUUGAAUCAUGGCACAAUCGCCUCACUGCAUCUCUUGCCCUACAAGACCAAUCCUCUGAUCAUCCAUUCCAUUCCGAUCCAUACCGUCUUCGUUCUAUCAAAAUUCAAUCACUCGACCGGUGGGGUAGCCGCAUCGGUUUCAUCAAGAUUAGCAGCAACAUCGCAAAUGAAGCAGGCGAAACUCUGCCCGGUGAUAUCUUCCUCAGAGGUCCAAGUGUGGGAAUGAUGGUUAUUGUUCAACCUGAAGAUGUAGAGGCUCCUGAUGAGGACAAAUGGGUAGUAAUGACCGUUCAACCUCGACCUGCUUCAGGGAGUUUGGCAUUUGUCGAGUUGCCAGCUGGUAUGGUUGAUGAUGGAACAUUUAAAGGUGCAGCUGCAAAGGAAAUUGAAGAGGAGCUUGGCUGGACAAUACCAGCGGAUCAAUUGACCAAUUUGAGCGAGCUGGCUAUUGGUGAUGAGGCCAACAAGGAGGGAGAGGUGUUGCCAAGAGCAAUGUUUCCUAGUGCUGGGGGUUGUGAUGACUUACGGGUUUGA